CAGAGAGCAGAAACGACACACUAGCAGGUCGGUUCUGAGCUGAGGUUAGAUUGUGCUGCGGAAUAUUAUCUCGGCUGUCCUCUUAACCGUUAUAAUAUUCAGCCGGAGAACAGGUGCGUUGCUAAGAAGAAGGUAACAGCAUUGACCGCAGUGGCAUUAAAACGAAAGGGAAAAAACAAUUAAUGGAGGCUGUGGAUUUUCAGCGGUGUACUGCGGCUAAGCAAGAGAAAAAUCCUAUCAAGGAGUCCAAACAGGUACCCCGAGCGGCAUUACUGGACGUACAGUAUCACGCUGGAUUGUAGACUACUCUGUGUUGAGAUGGACUGCAACUUCACUGCGUUAUUAGGAGCAGAUGAUAGUUGUAUUUAGCCGCUGGAGAACUGGAUAUCGGGUCAUGUUGUGUGCGUUCAACACGUUGCCUGAGAGCGACGCUGGAGCAGGUCACUGGUUCACUCCAUCCAUAAUUUAGGAUGACGACUGCUGGUCAAACCUACUCGCUCUCCUCCCUCGUUCCUCACCCGGUCUCCAGAGUUCAAACGCUUCGUCAGCAGACUGAGCACUUGCCCUGAACCCCUCCCUGUUCGGCUUCCUGGCAGACGUCCCGGGGAGGUGAUGCGACGGUUCGUCUACUGUAAGGUGGUGCUGACCACCUCUUUAGUGUGGGUGCUGGUGGACGUGUUCCUGCUGCUCUACUUCAGCGAGUGUAACAAAUGUGAUGAUAGGAAAGACCGCUCGCUGCUCCCUGCCCUCCGAGCGGUGAUAUCUCGAAGCCACGAGGGUCCGGGGGAGAUGGGCAAAGCAGUGAACAUUCCCAAGGACGACCAGGAGAAAAUGAAGGAGCUCUUUAAGAUCAACCAGUUCAAUCUGAUGGCCAGUGACAUGAUCGCCCUGAACAGGAGUUUGCCGGAUGUGCGGUUAGACGGCUGUAAGACCAAAGUGUACUCAGACGACCUGCCAAACACCAGCAUAGUCAUCGUGUUUCACAACGAGGCAUGGAGCACUCUGCUGCGGACAGUUCACAGUGUCAUCAACCGCUCUCCGAAACACCUGCUCACCGAGAUUCUGCUAGUGGACGAUGCCAGUGAGCGAGACUUCCUGAAGAAGAAGCUGGAGAACUAUGUGCGCACUCUGGAGGUGCCGGUGAAGAUCCUGAGGAUGGAGCAGCGUUCAGGUCUCAUCAGAGCCAGGUUAAGGGGGGCAGCCGCCACCAAAGGUCAGGUCAUCACCUUCCUGGACGCUCACUGUGAGUGCACUGUGGGCUGGCUGGAGCCCCUGCUGGCACGUAUCAAAGAGGACAGGACAGCCGUCGUGUGCCCUAUCAUCGACGUCAUCAGCGACGAGACGUUUGAAUACAUGGCAGGCUCAGAUAUGACCUAUGGAGGAUUCAACUGGAAGCUGAACUUUCGCUGGUACCCGGUUCCCCAGCGGGAGAUGGAUCGACGCAAGGGGGACAGAACACUUCCCGUCAGGACUCCAACAAUGGCAGGAGGAUUGUUCUCUAUAGACAAAGCAUACUUUGAAGAAAUUGGAAACUACGAUCCUGGGAUGGACAUCUGGGGCGGAGAGAACCUGGAAAUGUCUUUUAGAAUCUGGCAGUGUGGAGGAUCUUUAGAAAUCGUAACUUGUUCACACGUGGGCCAUGUCUUUCGGAAGGCCACCCCAUACAGCUUCCCGGGAGGAACGGGCCAAGUCAUCAACAAGAACAACAGGCGGCUGGCAGAAGUGUGGAUGGACGAUUUCAAAGAGUUCUUCUACAUCAUAUCUCCAGGUGUGAUGCGUGUUGACUAUGGAGACGUUUCCUCUCGCAGAGCCCUCCGCGAGGCCCUGCACUGCAAACCAUUUGCCUGGUAUCUAGAGAAUGUCUACCCAGACUCCCAGAUCCCGAGAAGAUACUACUCACUUGGUGAAAUCCGAAAUGUUGAGACCAACCAGUGUGUGGACAAUAUGGGACGAAAGGAGAACGAGAAAGUCGGCUUCUUCAACUGCCAUGGCAUGGGCGGAAACCAGGUGUUCUCGUACACCGCAGACAAAGAAAUCAGGACAGAUGACCUCUGUCUGGAUGUCUCCCGCCUCAACGGGCCUGUGGUCAUGCUCAAGUGUCACCACAUGAAGGGCAAUCAGAUGUUCGAGUAUGAUGCUGAGCGUCUCACCCUGCUGCACGUGAACAGCAACCAGUGUUUGGACAUGCCGUCUGAGGAGGACAAGAUGGUCCCCACCCUGAGAGACUGCAACGACAGCCGCUCUCAGCAGUGGUUGCUCCGUAACAUGACUCUGAGCAUCUGAUCUCCCACCUCUCUGCUCCCCCCCCCCCCCCCCACCACAACACUCUGUCCUCAUCCUAACCAGUCUUGGCUCUCCAAACCCUGAACAGGUGGCUCUUAACCACGCACAUCAUCCGCCUCUUCCUGUAACAGCCAAUGCAGAGAUCCAGGCAGCAGCAGCGGCUUAACUUCCACGAUGGAGGCGUCUCCUUUUACAGGUUAUGCGAGAGGCUGCACCUGCCCCGUCAUGUGACAUGGUGAGCCGUGGCUUUUGGGGGACCUCGUGUCGAAGCGAGGGAGAACGAUGUGCAAGAUCUAUGCAUGGAGAACAUGAAAAUCAAAGCACUCGCACGGUGUCGGACCAGCUGCUAGCCAAGCAUCCACCAUGCUGCUCGGACUGCCGGACAAAAUGUAACAGAAGAGCAUCACUGAGAAGGCAUGUUUCUGAGAUGGUCUGUGAAUUACCUCCUUGUGCCGUGUACAUGCAGUGCAUCAUUGUCCACUGUACACGAUACAAUCUAAAAGCAGGACUGUUGUAUUAAAGCUGCUGCUCCUCCUUUUUCCAUAUCAGUGUCGGAGUUACAUUCAGAUAACAGGAGAGUGAUUGAGAGCCUGACCAAUUCAAGCUAAAAUAUCAGAAGAUUAUAGUUUCUGCUUGCUGAUAUUUCCAUUUAAAGUCAAACUGAAAUUGUAUUAAUUUAAUUAAAUUCUCAUUUUGAUGUAAAAACUAUGAAUUAUGAUACUACAGCCUUUGUUUGUUUUUCUUCAACUUGAAACAUAUCUAGCUAAAUCAACAGGGGCUUACAUUGUAUUUCACACUGUAGAUAAGAUAGCCCGCAUUAGAUGUCCUUUUUUAAAUGGGUCAAGUUGUGGUGUUAGAAAAAGUCCAGAAGCUUUGAAAAGUCCUCUAAUCUGAGCACUCUAUCAUCCCUGUAGUCCACCAGGGACAUUGUGUGACAAAUGAAGACCUUAUGUAGCGUCUUGGUUUAAAGAGUGAAGCCAAUGUGGAAGUGCCUUAAACCUGCAUUCUUUCUAAUGGCCAGCAGGAGGCAGAAUAAGGUCCAGUUAAAAAAGUUAGUCAACAAUAAAGCAGGUUCUUAAGGGUUACUGAAAAGUUUGCUGCCACAGUUAUUGACAUAUUUUAGUCAUAGUUAGACAGGGUAAACAAGUUGCAAUCCAAACAAUGGAGAUAGUGAUGGCCAAAAUGUCCCACCAAAACAAUAUUUCAAAAACCAGUGAUGUCCUUAUGGCACCACUUUCUUCUCAUUUAAAGCCUUUUGUAACAUACACACUUUGAAUGUCACACAGAAUUUGGUCCAUUUGUAAGACGGUACAAAAGUGUGAUUACGGUCAGUACAAAGAAUUCAUAUCACAUGUAAACAUAAUCAAUAAAAGCAUGUAUUGUUUUUGGUAAUUAGAGAAGAUUUAUUUUUUGUAAAACUAGAUUGAACAUUUCAGUUUGACUUCAAGGAGAACAAUCUUUGUGAGCAUUAUUGCAUACAUUUAGUUAAGUUUCAAAUGUUUGUACAUUUGUUAUCAAGAAACUUUUAAAUUACAUCAAACAUAUCUUUCCUGACAUGUUUUGUUCAUUACUGCCUGACACGUUGAAAGAUAGUGAAACAUUAUUGAUAAGCCAAUAUCAGCCUGUUUAAUGGUUGGGCUCUAGCUGUUAGCUUGUAUUUCUUAAGACGUUUUGGAGGGUAAACAUUAAGAUCGCAAGGCAAGAGUGCAGCUAUAACAUCCUCCCCUUUUUUUAUUUAAAAACAUGCUAUUCAGUGAAACAGAAUGUAUGUUACAGAAGAAAAUAUGAGGCAGCUCUUUGGAUGGACAUGUGGUAUUUAUUACUGAUCGUUAAAGAAGUGAAUAUUGUGGCUGUUGGAGAUAGAACAAGAUAUGAAAUGAAUGUAAGAGUGUUUCCAAGAUGAUCAUGACAAUGACCUGAUAUAGUGUAACUGUGUUAUCAAGGCAACCUGUGAGCUACAUAACAAAACACAUCACCUUUAUCAGUUACUAAAGUUUUCAGGUUUCUGAUUCUGAGAUGUUUGUUCAAUCCUUCUAACACCUUGAGAAAUCAUGAUGUCUUGAGCCACAUAGUUACUUGUGCCUUUAGAAUGUUUUUUGAAUGCCGUUGUUGAUCUUUAGAUGAUUUGUUUUAUUUUGUUAAUGAAAUUGGGGAUUGAUUAUUUUCAUCUGUUUGUUUUAAGUAUAAAAACUACUUCAUACUCAUUGAAAUAAUUGGCAUAUCUCAUGACUUCAUAAAGAUAAUCUUAUCCUAUAUGAUCAAACAUUUGGUCAUUCCCUUAGGUAUAUCAAGACUCACCAGUCAUUCAUGCAGGCAUGGCAGGUUUCACAACAUAGCUGAUCAGGAUCAGACAACAAUGUGUUAUUGUACACAGUGUUGUUAUAUCACCACUGUUGUUGUUGUACAUACAGAACCAGUUAUUUUUUUAAGAUGCUGUAAAACUUGAACACUCCUCGGAGAAAAAGAAAUUGAAUGGUAAAAAUAUCACGAGGUAUUGCAGUGGUUCAUUUUGAAUUGUGGUAUUAAAAACCAGUGCUUACCUCGGGUUUUUGAAAUUGCGGCGUAUUUCGGAAAUCAUCAUCGGCCCCAUGAAACCAAUUCUCAGACUACCUAAAGGACCUUAGGCGAGCAUACACGAGGGAGCAACUAACGGUGAAACAUUAUCAAUGCUGCUUGAAUGCUGAAUCCUUGCCAAGAGCCUGGUCUGCAUUCAGACUGAAAUUCAAUCACCUCUUUCUUAAUACGUACACACAUUUAUUGUUUUUGAUUAUCUUAAAGUGCAUGGUGUUUAAAUAGGAAUGUAAUGUUUCAAUGUACUGUUUGCAAAGUGAUGUUUCCUGUUUGUACAUUUUGCCUUUUUUUGUAGAAAAACUGAACAUAGAUUUAGCAUUAAUUUCAGUGUGAAGCAACUGAUGUACAUGUGAACACUAGCACAUCACACCAAUGCAUCAGUGGUUUAAUAAAACCUUGUUCUUGAA